AUGGGUUACACAGUCCAUAAAAAAGAUGAUAAAGUGUCUGCUGCUGACCCUGAAGAAAUGCACCGCAGCAACAAGGAUAAUGAGAAGGCUGGGCUCUGGGAAUCCCAUACAGUUGUUGCUGAGCCUCGGGCCAAUCAAAAUCCUCUCCAGAGGGCUGUGCUUGGGGAGCUGACUGAAAAUGGGCAGUGUCCGAGAUCCUCUGUCCGGGGUACAUCUCUAGCAAGGCACCAGUCUGGAUCUGAAAAUGUCUGUCCUGCUACGAGCAAGAGUAUGCUGCCAUGUGGCAUGGCAUCCAAGCAAAGCUUUGCUAUUUACAUAGAUGAAAUGAAAGAAAGGAAUGGGUAUAUCUGUUCAUCUGUGGAAGAGUUGGAACCCAGUAUGUUGGAAGUUGCCACCAGCCCACUAAAUCCCAGUCUUCACUUGCUGCUGAACUUAAGUACAGGAUCUCCAAUGUUGGUGGAUAAGUCAUUGCAGUCACAAGAUGAAGAUCUUCAGGAUAAUACAAUAGAUGUCACAAGUCUUGUAGAAUAUGCAGAAGAUAUUCAUUGCUACUUGAGAGAGGCUGAAGUAAGAUACAGGCCCAAGCCAUGCUACAUGAGGAAGCAGCCUGAUAUCACCUCAGGUAUGCGUGCAGUCUUAGUGGACUGGCUGACAGAAGUUGGUGAAGAAUACAGCCUGCAGACGGAGACACUGUACAUUGCUGUCAACUACUUGGACCGGUUUCUCUCUUGCAUGUCAGUCCUCAGAGGGAAGCUGCAACUUGUGGGAACAGCAGCAAUCCUCCUGGCUGCGAAAUAUGAAGAAAUCUAUCCACCAGAAGUAGAAGAAUUUGUUUAUAUAACAGAUGAUACCUACACAAAGAAGCAACUGUUGCGAAUGGAAUACCUGCUCCUCAAAGUGCUUGCUUUUGACUUGACUGUGCCAACCAUUAACCAGUUUCUCCUUCAGUAUUUACACAGACAUGGUGUCAGUCUUAAGACUGAGAACUUUGCAAGGUAUGUAGCAGAGUUGAGUCUCCUUGACGCUGACCCAUUCUUGAAGUACCUUCCCUCACAAAUGGCAGCAGCUGCUUAUUGUCUAGCAAACUACACUGUGAACAGGCAUUUCUGGCCAGAAACUCUUGCUGCCUUCACGGGAUACUCACUAAGUGAGAUAGUACCUUGUCUAAGUGACCUGCACAAAGCAUGCCUUGAUGCUCCUCAUCGACCCCAGCAAGCAAUACGGGAGAAAUAUAAGCUAGCUAAGUAUAUGAAAGUAUCUCUCUUGGAGCCACCAGCUGUUCUACCUCUACAGUGA